AAAAGCUCAAGAACUGAAUCUUUCUCUAAAGAAGAAAAGCAUUUCUAUCUCAUUUUAGAACAUAGGUUGGUGGGUUAUCUGGUGUAAAUUUACGUAAAUUAGAUCAUGCCACCAAAUUCCGGGGCCUGGUGGGUAGAGAAUCCCAAAUUGUUUGGACUUCCUUUCACGUUGAUAGGGGAUCACAGAUCGGCCUCAGACCGGCGUCGGGAAACCCCACAGCGGGUAAGUCGACCUCGGUGAGUGACUAAGUGAGUAAGAAGCGGAGUGCCGAUGCGGAGACAACACCACGCUAUCGAACCAUAUCGUAACCACGACGGCUAGCGUAUUGACGGGAUGCGUCCUUCGCUUCCGUAUUACGGGAUGACUCCAAGCAGCUAGACGAUAGUCCUACUCAGACGCUAUUGCUAUAAUUGCCGCUUGGCGUUUAGAUUUGAUUGAUCGUAUUGCUAAUAAACAUAUGGUUUUGUAUCCGCAACUGUGGUUUGACUAAGGCCAAUCCGUGGAGAUAUCGUCGCUAAUAUGCCAAACAUCGUAGUCGUUGGUGCGGGAGUGUCAGGCCUGACAUCGGCAUUCUUGCUAUCGAAGCAAAAGGACAAUGUCAUUACGGUCGUGGCAAAGCAUAUGCCAGGCGACUACGAUAUCGAGUACGCCUCGCCGUGGGCUGGCGCUAACGUCCUGCCUAUGUCAACGGCGAAGAACAGCUCUCGGGAACGUCGUACAUGGCCAGAAAUAAAGAGGCUCGCUAAAGAGGUCCCCGAGGCCGGGAUACACCUUCUAAAGUCUCGCGUAUACCGCCGAGAGAAGGAUCUCGAGGCCCUGAGAAAAGGGGGCUACAGUUUCGACGGCCUCUUCCAGGAGAACCCGUGGUACAAAUCCCUGUUCGACGACUUCCGGGAGCUCUCCAAGGACGAGCUUCCCAAGGGCAUGGCGUCGGGCUGCGAAUUCGGCUCCGCGUGCAUAAACGUCAUGCUGUACAUGCCGUGGCUAGUGGGGCAGUGCAGGGCGAACGGCGUCGUGUUCCGUCGUGGCCAGAUCAAGCACAUUUCCGAGGCCGCGGGCCUGAGCCACAGCGGCGGCAAAGCCGACGUCGUGAUCAACACCACGGGGCUGAUGGCUUCUAGGCUUGGCGGGGUGAUGGAUAGCAAGGUCGUGCCGAUCCGCGGCCAGGUCGUCGUCGUCAGGAACGAGGCGCCGUACAUGCUGACGAAGUCCGGCACGGACGACGCCGCCGACGAGGUCUGCUACAUCAUGAUGCGGGCCUCCGGCGGCGGCACGAUCCUGGGAGGUACCUACCAGAAGGGGCACUGGGAGAGCCAGCCGGAUCCCAACAUCGCCAUGCGGAUCAUGCGGCGGGCGGUGGAGAUGAUGCCCGAGCUUACGGGCGGGAAGGGCGUCGAGGGCUUGGAUGUUGUCCGCCACGGCGUGGGUCUGCGUCCGUGGAGGGAGGGUGGCGUGAGGAUCGAGAAGGAGAAUAUUGAUGGUACCUGGGUGGUUCAUAAUUAUGGACAUGCCGGCUGGGGUUACCAGGGCUCGUAUGGUUGUGCGCAGGACGUUGUCGCGCUUGUGGAUGAGAUUCUUAGUCGUCCUCGACUGUAGCGUUGCUAGAUCUUAUAUGAUACUACAUUUCGUUGAUAGAUGAAUAAUUCUUAAGACUACAACAACAUACCUAGUAUCUUAUAAAGACUUAUACAAGACGAAUGACAUUAACUAAUGGUUAUUACAGCCUCUCUAUAGGUCAAUAUCUCGUCCCAAUCCAAGAGCAUUUAGUAUGGUAGUAGGUAAGUUUUUAACUUGGAGCUCAGAAUGAAG